CCGCGCUCAGCACACGGUAUAAAGAGCCUGGCCGCGGCGGUGAGGCAGCUCCAGGCUUCGCUCGGGGUAACGCUCACCUCGUCGGUCCGCAUCCGUACCUAGUAUCCGUCUGGACACCUCGAAGAUGGCACCCGUUGGGGGCAAAAAGGCCAAGAGGGGCAUUCUAGAACGGUUAAACUCUGGAGAAGUUGUGAUUGGAGAUGGAGGGUUUGUCUUUGCACUCGAGAAGAGGGGCUACGUGAAGGCAGGCCCCUGGACUCCAGAAGCUGCUGUGGAACAUCCAGAAGCAGUUCGCCAGCUUCAUCGAGAGUUCCUCAGAGCUGGAUCCAACGUCAUGCAAACCUUCACCUUUUAUGCAAGUGAAGACAAGCUGGAGAACAGGGGAAACUAUGUUGCAGAGAAAAUAUCUGGGCAGAAAGUCAAUGAAGCUGCUUGUGACAUUGCCCGGCAAGUGGCUGAUGAGGGAGACGCUUUGGUGGCAGGAGGCGUGAGUCAAACACCUUCAUACCUUAGUUGCAAGAGAGAAACUGAAGUUAAAAAAGUAUUUCAGCAACAGUUAGAGGUCUUUAUGAAGAAGAACGUGGACUUCUUGAUUGCCGAGUAUUUCGAGCAUGUUGAAGAGGCUGUGUGGGCAGUGGAAGCCUUGAAAACAUCUGGGAAACCUGUGGCAGCAACCAUGUGCAUCGGCCCAGAGGGAGAUUUGCACGGCGUGAGCCCCGGCGAGUGUGCAGUGCGCCUGGUUAAAGCAGGAUUGAAAGUUUUAGUCGUGAGUGGGGGCUCAGCACCUAACAUCCAAAGAAAGCAGCCAGCAAGGGCCAGGAAGGAAUACUGGGAGAAUCUUCGGAUAGCCUCAGGCAGGCCAUACAACCCUUCAAUGUCAAAGCCCGACGCCUGGGGAGUGACCAAAGGAACAGCUGAGCUGAUGCAGCAGAAAGAAGCCACAACUGAGCAGCAGCUGAAAGAGCUCUUCGAAAAACAGAAAUUUAAAUCUGCACAGUAGCCUCAAAGGAACCCAUUUUUAGUGAUUUCUAUGUUUGGGCCACAGUUCCCAAAAAUAAGGAAAAGAUGGUUUAAAAGUAAUGCUUAUGUUAAUGCCAGGCUACAUAUAAAAUUGGUAGUAGCUAAACAAAACAGAACUACAAAUAGCACUUGACAAUUUUAAAAGUAUAUUUUAGAAAUUUACUUAGAAGCAAAAUAAGUAAGAAGUAAAUCUUAAACAGGUUCCCUAUACCACACAUAAGGUAUUAGGGAAAUCACUGUGGCCAAUGAGAAAUAAUUCAGAUAUUCAUUCCCACUUUAGUUAGUUUGUAGGCUAGCAAAGAGGAUGAGAUGUGAGUUGACAUGACAGAGACAGAUAGAGUGCUAUAGGAAAGUGACUUCCAAGUUGUUGAACAUGACCCUUAGUAAGAAACAAAAGUUAUGUAAUAACCCAGUAAAACACGUACCAUAUGACCACUGAAAUAAAAUGUGUGAGCCAUUU